AUGGAGCAGGAUUGUAUCGCCGGUCUGUACCGAUCACUGGGUAUGUCUGUCGGAGCAGAGUUUACCUCUGAAGAUGUGAGUCUCCUCUACCUCAAAGUGUUUCAUUUUUCCUCCAACACUGAUGAAGCACAUGUGGCCAAGAAGAAGAUUGCAGGAGGUGAUAGUAGUUGGUCUUGUGUUGGUGAAAAUGUGUUGGAUGUUCUCCUUGAAAUGGAUAGGGACAGAGAAAAUAAGGAAAAGCUCUACUGGGACCUCCAGCUGGUGAAUGUUGGAAAUCUCAACACUCUCUAUAUGUUGGACAAACCAGUUAUUAUGGAUCCUUGUGUGCAGAAAUGCCUCCACCAAAACACAGAUCCAAAUACUUUAAAAAAAGAGCUGCAUGGGAGUGUGAGAGGUGUGCAGAGGCUGAGGAAGGCAGCCGGGCAGCGCUGGGCCAGAUUGACAUCAGAGGGUGUGCACAGUGUAUUGCCCCCCCAGCAGGGCAGAAGCCUCGGGGUACGGCAUCAGGCCUGGGGCUGUGUCUCCACGUCAGACGUCCUUCUCUUGGUGGAAGUGAAGUAUGAUGUGGUGACCCAGCUGCUUUACACAGAAAUGCUGCAGGAGCACUACACUCUGAGUAUCUGGGAGACCCUGCUGCCAUGGCAACAACAUGAGGAAAGGGAGGGGCUAGGAGAUCGUGCAGAUGAGGCUUUGAAGUCAGGAGACAUGCUUCGUUUGUCGGAGCUGCCAGGAGCAUUCAGAAUAUACAGGACCUGCCUGAAAAGCCCUCCUGAGUCCAGGGAACAGUCAUGGUCUGCUGUGUCGCUCCUGUGUGACCUACACACAUUUCGUCAACAAGAAAAGGACACUCUAACUGUCCUGGGCCAGAGGCUGGACAGGGAGAGCCUGAGACUGUUGUGUUUAUUCAUCAGUUUAGCAACUCUCAGAGCCCAGAGAGAAAAGAUGUCCUACAGCGCUCUGCUGGCAGCUCGGCAGUCCUGGGAGACAUGGCCACAUGUAGAGAGUCCCUGCAGAGCAGAACAGGCAACCCUAUGGCUACACGGUGAAGAGGAAGAGCAGAAGAAAGACUUUAUCUCAGUGUCACCACAGCAGGCAGUGCUACAGUUGCUGGUGCUGAUUCAAGAUCAGGAGAGAGAGCACCUGGUCCAGUUGGCAAACAGGGUCUCCAUGGAGGAUUUGCAAGAACCAGUGCCUUCAAAGGAGGAAAGUAACCCGGAAGCUGCUUUGAGAAAUGCCUGUAUAAAAAGGCUGAGACAAAUCUAUACCGGCCUGCAGACAAGCAAUGACACUCAGACCCCCUUAAAGCAAACAAACCAUCAGCCCCAGCCUCAUAUAAGCAGUCAAACAGCAGUGCGGUACAAACACCAGCUGGAGCAGUGUUCCCUGCUCCUGUUGACCCAUCUGAUGGAGCUCCAGGAGGUCCAAGCGACCACAUUACUGCCAGCACUGAAGGAUGAGAGUGCAGAGAGUGUCCAAGCUCUGCGAGAUGCAUAUAAAUCUGAACUUCAAGCACCGCGCUACACCAACCUCCUCCAACUGAUAUCAGACGCCCCUCUUACUUCAGGCUCAAUACUCACUACUGAUCCAAACUCAAAAGAAAGUAGCAGCAAUGCUCAAAACAGCAUCAAAGGGCCAGAUGAAACCUCAAGCGUGGAUUCAAUCAGUGACCUACAGGUGGUGCAGGCCACAGAAUGUACCGACCAACAGGACGUCUGUACAGGUACUGCAGACACAGGCAUGCACAGAUCACCAAAAACUAAAAACUGCAACUAUACACAUUUGACUUUCCCCCAGGUUGUGGAGCAGUCAUGGAAGAUCUGCCCUACUUGGAGGUCUUGUGUGUAUCAGAUGCAACAAGCAAUACUCACAACACAGACGAGGGAGCCCAGGGGGAAGAAGGUGCCGCUGCAACAAAGGGCCCCCAGAGUUUUGAGAAACAGGGCUCACUGAUCGCCUUUGCUUGGAGCCAACCAGCAGAGGA